GUGCUCUAAGAUCCAUUAAGUAAUCACUUCACCAUGAUUGGUUGGGAAGAUGUUUUCAAGGUGUUGUCGGCCAUGGCUCCAUUAUACUUCGCUUUGGUCUUAGGCUAUGGCUCAGUGAAAUGGUGGAAGAUCUUUAGCACUGAACAAUGCGACGCCAUUAACAAGCUCGUUUGCUAUUUCACUCUUCCUCUUUUCACCUUUGAAUUCACUUCCCACAUCGACCCUUUUCACCUCAACUUCCAUUUCAUCGCCGCCGACGCUAUCUCGAAGCUCGUUAUCGUCCUCGUCCUCGCCUUUUGGGCUAAGUGUAGUAGCAAAGGGAGUUAUUGUUGGUCUAUCACUAGCUUCUCGCUCUCUACUCUAACGAAUGCGCUCGUCAUUGGUGUGCCACUUGCAAAGGUCAUGUAUGGCCAGAUGGCGGUCGACCUCGUCGUGCAGGGUUCGGUGAUUCAGGCCAUUAUUUGGCUGACAAUGCUACUAUUUGUAUUGGAACUUCGACGAACGGGGUUGAAUUUGGUAGCUAGUAGAGAAUCUUCGAGCUCGGACGAUGACGGGCACGAAAAAGCUAUACAAAUGGUGGGAGAAGGAGGGAAGGAUGUGGAAGGAGGAGCCAUGGAGGUUGAGGAAAGAAGAAGCAAUAGCCACAAGCCUUCUUUCAAGCUUUUGAUGAAGAAAGUUUGGCUAAAGUUGGUUGCAAAUCCCAACUCUUAUGCUUGUAUCAUUGGUUUGGCUUGGGCAUUUGUUGCAAAAAGAUGGCACAUUGAAAUGCCCGACAUCAUGGAAGGAUCUAUUCUAAUCAUGUCGAAAGCCGGGAUUGGUACUGCCAUGUUUAAUAUGGGAAUCUUCAUGGCAUUGCAAGAGAAGUUGAUAGCUUGUGGAGCUACCCUUACCAUAAUAGGAAUGGUUCUAAAGUUUAUUGCUGGACCAGCUGCCAUGGCCAUUGGCUCCAUCGCCAUGGGCUUGCAUGGUGACGUUCUACGUGUCGCUAUUAUACAGGCAGCAGUACCACAAUCCAUUACCUCUUUUAUUUACGCCAAAGAAUAUGGGUUACAUCCUGAAGUUUUCAGCACAGCGGUGAUUUUUGGGGCAAUAAUUUCUCUUCCUAUAUUGGUGGCUUAUUAUGCAGCUCUAGAAUUCAUUGUACAUUGAGAGUUACAACAAUAGCUUGGAUUAUUGCUACAAUUA